CACCCAAUUUUCUGCCUCUAAUGUGGGACUCAUCAUCGUCGAGUUCAUGGGCGGUCGGAGAUGAUUUAAAUUCUUCGGAAAACUACAAGUCCUUUGAAAGUGCUACUAAGACGAUUACGGAUGAAAAGUGUAGAAAGGAUCCUGUCUCGGGCGAGACGCGGUGUGAAAUAAUCCGACGUUUUUACAAGCAAACGCAUCCGGGCGGGCCCUUGGAGGAGGUGGAAUCUACUCGGAGGGAGACUACUAGUCCUCAGCACUGGUCCUCGCUUUUCGAAGAUGAUGAUGAUACUAUUAAUGAGGAAAACAAAGAAGUUAAAUCGUUCCCUGCACUCGACGAUGAUGUGGGUCAUCCUGAUGUCCGUCACUUGAUGAAUUUAUUCCAUAGACGCCGACGCGAGCCGCCGCAUGAGACUAUAGUUGUGGAACAAACCAAACCAGGUCUAGGAGAGGAGGUUUUCCUAGCCCUAUUUGGUUCAAUGGUGAAAUUAAUGUUUCGUCAUCUCGAAUGUGAUUUCGCAACACAUGGCACAUUUUUCGGAAGUGCGGCGGACCGGAAGGGAUCAGGAUGCUACGAAGUUUGAGGAUAUAUUUUUUCUUGUGCUAUCUUGAUACUGUCUCGUAGUUUUUAUAAGGACAUUGAAUAUUCCUAUGCUGAUUUUAGUACUGCAAAUGUGAAGAAUGUGUGUUUUCUAUUCCGGGAUUAAUGAUAGUGAACAACUUGUCGCUAUCAUAGUCUCGAAAGGUUACUUUUAUCACAUCACAUGUUCAUAGCAAUGUUUAUAUUGUUUAUGCGAUAUAGUCAUAAUAUAUCGGAAAAAAUCACACACAUUUGCAUCAUAUCAAAUUGACACGCGCUGUAAUCGUUGUGAAUAUAUUCCCCACUA